UGUCAAGUGGGAUGUGAAUUUAUUAGCAGCUGAAUAUUUUUAUCAUGUCAAGGUUGUGUCUGAAUAGUUAAGUCCUUGAACUUAAACAUCACAAUUUUAUAUACUCAUACCUACCUGUUAUUUCCAAAUCCAACUUGAAGCACGACAAAAUAAAAUUCAAUAAAUUAACGGAACAGGUGUGCAAUCAAAAUGGCAUCUACGUCCGAGCCUGAGUCCAGCACUGCUGGCCCCUCAGUCGCACCGGAGACCUCAAAACCGAGCUCUGCCUCUGAACCCGUCGCUAUCGUAUGUGUUGGCAUGGCCGGCUCGGGCAAGACGACCUUCAUGCAGCGCAUCAACGCGCAUCUACAUGGCCAACGCGAUCCUCCCUAUGUCAUCAAUCUCGACCCCGCUGUGCUUAAUGUGCCCUUUGAGAGUAACAUCGAUAUUCGCGACUCGGUCAACUACAAGGAGGUCAUGAAGCAGUACAACCUUGGCCCCAACGGUGGAAUCCUGACUUCGCUCAACCUGUUCUCCACGAAAGUUGACCAGAUCCUGAAGCUUCUCGAGAAGCGCACUGGUCCUGAUGAGGCAAACCCGAACAAGAAGCCUAUCAAGAAUAUUCUUGUCGACACUCCUGGCCAGAUUGAAGUCUUCGUGUGGUCUGCCUCCGGCCAGAUUCUCCUCGAGUCCCUCGCUUCGACGUUUCCCACCGUCAUCGCCUACAUCAUCGAUACGCCCCGAACAGCCUCCACUAGUACCUUUAUGAGCAACAUGCUAUACGCCUGCUCGAUCCUCUACAAGACCAAGCUACCUAUGAUCUUAGUCUUCAACAAGACCGACGUCAAGGAUGCCAGCUUCGCCAAAGAAUGGAUGACCGAUUACGACGCCUUCCAAGCUGCGCUUACCGCGGACGAAGAAUCCAACGCAUUCGGCGGUGUCGAAGGCGAAGGUUCGGGUAGCGGCUACAUGAGCAGUCUCCUAAACUCGAUGAGCAUGAUGCUGGAGGAGUUUUACACGCACCUGAGCGUAGUGGGCGUGUCGUCCAUGACCGGCGCCGGCGUCGACGACUUCUUCGCCGCCGUCGCGGAGAAGGCCGAGGAGUUCAAGGCCGACUACCGCCCGGAGCUGGAGCGCAAGCGGGAGGAGAGAGAAGAAAACAAGCGCGCGGUGCGCGAAAAGGAGCUCGAUAAGAUGAUGAAGGGCAUGUCUAUGGGCGCGAGCGGUAGCAGUCGGAAUAUUGUCGAUAACCUGCGCAAGGCUGACGACGACGACGAUGUGGAUAUGAGUGAUGAUGAGGACGAUGACAACUAUGCCGAUGUUGACGACGAGUACGACCGAGAAGGAUUGCAGGCGCGAUACGAGGCUGCCUCGGUGGCGGAAGCAGACUCGACGAUGGAUCAAGCUAGCUUUGCCAAGUAUCUGCACACGCAGAGAAAGGGUUAGGCUGGAUGGGCGAACGUCAUGCAGUUUGCGGUGGCUUCACUACGAUAGGGUAGGAUAUGAUAGGUAUACAAGGCGCACACACACACACACGAGGCAUAGGUUAGGGAGUUAUGUAAUGGCAUAGAACGGGCAUAAUGAUACCAAAUUCUGAUUUGCUGAAACCUUUCUCAGAGAGUGUCUAAUGUUUUCUCAAGGCUCGGUAAACUCGUAAACUCCCAAACUCCAAGUUCCUUUUAUG